AAAAAAAGAAAAAAAGAUUUAAGGAAAAAAAAAAAAAGAAAAAGAAACAAAAAUCCACGAAGAGAACGUCCGUGCAUUCAAGACCCAAUCACAGACCAGAUUUAAACGAAAAACUCAGCAACAAAGAUACUAUCUUUAGAGCAGAAAUUGAAUGGGAAAUGAAGGGUAGGAUCUAGAAGAGUGGUUGAUUAUUUUGGAGAGUUAAAACAAAGCCCAAGUUGACAACCCACAUCGAAUGGGAUGCCGAUGAUAUUGAAUUCGGAGAAUUGAAGCUACAGAAUUGGUUCUUUCUGGUGAACGAGACCGUACUCAAGGGGAAGAAGAUGAAGGGUAUUUCCCCCGGAAGGGUUUAUCCACAGAAAAGAUAGGCGAUUGCUCGUAAUCCCUCACCAACGAAAAAACGAAUGCAAGAUGGUGUGGCCAGCAAUAAUCAUCGGUUUGUUGAUUUUAAUUUGGGCGGUUUCUUUGGGCAAAAUGCACUUUGGUCUCGGGUUAAAUUCCAAGGCUGGUUUCCUGAAUGAUGACAGAAGUAAGCAUCCGUUUUCUGUACUGAGUUAGUUCUAACUGAAACAAAUUACUGACAUUUUUCAAUGGGGCAUCCAAAUUUAAAAUAAAGUUGUAAAAAUUUACUCUUUCUGUGGUUUCUUCUCAAUUUUAGCUGCUGGAGGUCAUUCGAAGAAAAAUGUCUUGUUGGUUGUGGCACACCCUGAUGAUGAAACAAUGUUUUUUUCUCCAGCAAUCAAUUACCUGACUUCAAGGGCGCAUAAUCUUCACAUACUUUGCCUGUCAACUGGUAAUGCUGAUGGUAUUGGGAAUGUGAGGAAAGAAGAGUUGUACCUUGCAGCUGCUGUUUUGAAGAUUCCUUGUCAGCACGUGAAGGUUGUGGACCAUCCGGAUUUGCAGGAUGGUUUUGGCAAAGUUUGGACCACUGACCUACUAGUAGCAAUUAUUGAGCAGGAAAUACACUCUAAAGCCAUUGAUUUGAUAAUUACUUUUGAUAAUUAUGGUGUUUCUGGUCAUUGCAACCACUGUGAUGUCCAACGAGGUGUGCGCAAGCUUUUGCAAAAUACUUCACUGCAAGUUGAAGCCUGGGAACUCGUCAGUACUAAUAUCAUGCGGAAGUACAGUGGACCACUAGAUAUCUGGUUAUCCAUGCUUUUGGCUGGACGAUGUGUGGACGGACAAAUGCAUUGCGUGCUGAACGAAAGCCCUUAUAAGAGCUAUCAGGCAAUGGCGCAACACAAGAGUCAAUGGAUAUGGUUUCGGAAGCUUUUUGUAUCAUUUUCGAGUUACACUUAUGUGAACACCCUCAAGAGAAUGAAGAUAUAGGGGGUUGUCAUGUUGGUGAAAUUACGCUCUGCCAGCGAUCUUCCGGAGCUCUGGUUUCUUCUCACUUCCUCAGGCUACAAAUCUGGCCAGGAAAGGCUGGGACAAUCAAUGACCAUGAAAAGACAUCAACUUUGAUGCUGAGGAAUUCAUUGAAGGGGCUCACCGAAAGCCUUUGGUUUGAGCCAAUGGAUGGGACUAAUUCCAGUAGAUACUACUACCGAAAUAAAAUUAGAGUGGGGCUAUAACUAUUUUGUUUUUGGGAGAGGAAACAAAUUGAACGAUAAUUGUCCUUUUGUUCUAAUUUUGCCAUUGCAUGUAAUAGACAAUUGUUUGAAACAGAUUUUGAAGUUGUUAAAUCAACUAAAGAAGUGAGUUCAUUAGCAUCAAGAGCAAUUUUCACAAAAUUAUGAAAAGCAUGAAUAGUAAUCAAACACUGCAUAGGGGCCUAAACCGUGUAAGAGGAGUUGCUAGUUUUUUUUGUCUGCGAGAUUUAUCCGAUGAGAUUUAUUAUGGAUGUGUUUCUUUUUUAUUAGACAUUAAUUUUUUAAUGAUACUCAAAAUAAUACUUUAUAAUUUUGAAAUUUUUUUUAUAGCUUUGUC